UUAACAAUGACAAAUAACAUUAGUGUUCUGCCUUUCACACUUUGAUAUUCACCUAGUUCUAUUGUUACCUCUUAAGCCUUUUGACAGUCGCAGUGGGUUUCCCCUUUAUUCACAAUUCGGAUGUCCCAAAGUCGGGUAUAAUAUGCCCCGAGGAAGGUUUUCUGCUCACACAUCGUCUGCCAGUAUUCAUUGAACAGAAUUACAAGAUGGAGCAACAAAACUGCAAUAACCCCCGCCAGCAAUUCUCCGGCACACGUGCUAUACCUUCAAUUGUUCGCCAAAAUGACGCAGUAUAUUCUACGCAAUAUGCUGAGCGGUAUUGGCGGCCUCGGUAUACCCUUGCUGAGAAGCGCAGGUUUGCACGGCAGAAGAAGGCUCAAUGGAAAAGAGAGACGCCCCCAGAGAGGCCUGCACUUAGGUCACGAUUGGAAGCUCUUGCUAUCAAAACCAUCGACGACAUUAUUGACUCCUUUUUAACUCUGCGCAACGCAAAAGGUGGAACGCGGGACGAGCAACAGGCUAAGGAGUCUCUCAACUAUAUUCUUAAUACUCUCCAGGCUCGUGUAUCUCAUGAUGAGAAGAUCCAGAGGCAUAGAGAAGGCCGAGCAGCGAAGAGGUAUGCACACCGGUCACGGCGAGCACAGGAACAGCAGGGUGGCGCCGCUCAGUCUCAGCGGGCUCCCAAACCCCAGGCAGAACAGGUUGACUUGUGUGAAUACUACUAA